AUGUCGAUCUUUGCGAAAAUAAAGGCCGUCGAUUUCUAUCGGCGAAUACCUCGCGACCUGACAGAGGCAUCGCUAUCCGGGGCUACCCUAUCACUGGUGGCGGCCACAUGGAUAAUCGUGCUCGUCUGGCUCGAGCUGAGGGCGUUCCUAACGGUGACAACGAGCACCACGGUCAUCGUGGACCAGAGCCCCAACAUCGACCUGCUGCGCAUCAACUUCAACUUCAGCUUCCCAGCGCUCUCCUGCGAGUUUGCAUCAGUCGACAUCACAGACGUGAUUGGCACGGCACGGUACAACCUUUCCCGCACUCUGCGCAAGCACCCCAUCGACUCGUCCCUACGCAUCGUGGGCCCGCAGCACCACCCGGACCCGAUACCGAAGCUGAUGCGCGGGGGCAAUGAGGGCGGCGAGGAGGAGGAGGCGCAGAGGCAGCUGGCAGAGGAGGGCAUGGCCAGUGGCGGGCAGGCGGGCGAGAAGCAGUAUGUGGGCUCGCUCGUGCUCGAUUCAAGGACGUUUGAGCCUGCCACCAGACAGUACGGCAUCCUCAUUGUGAAUUUCUUUGCCCCAUGGUGCCACUGGUGCCAACUGCUGGAGCCAGCAUGGGAACAAGCAGCAACAGUCAUGAGCCAAAAGUAUCACCCGGAUCACGAUGGGCGUAUUCGCCUGGCCAAGGUGGACUGCACUCUCGACUCCAACCUCUGCUUCAGCCAUCAUGUGCAGGGAUACCCUUCCAUCCGAGUCUUUCGCCAAGGGGACGACUCGAUCAUGAGGGAGCACGGACAGCAUGAGCAUGAGUCGUACUAUGGUGAACGCGACACACUCUCCCUCAUUGCCUUGCGGCCGCACAAGCACGCGGCAGCAGCAGCGGCAGCGGCAGCGGCAGCAGCAGGAGGAGGGGCGGCACUACCAGGUGGCAAUCCUGCAGCUGAAGCAUCUGAUCCGAACCGCCGCCGUGCUCCUCAGGCUGCCGGCUGUCAGAUAGAAGGCUUUGUGCUCGUCAAGAAGGUGCCAGGCAAUCUGAUGGUGCACGCGAAUUCCCCAUCGCACUCCUUUGACGCAGCAGCCAUGAACCUGUCGCACGUGGUGCACCACCUGUCGUUCGGGCGCCAGCUGUCAGAGCGCAAGCGCCACCACCUGGAGCGCCUUCUGCCCAUGCUGCACCUCACCAACGGCCGCCUCGACAACCGCUCCUUCACCUCGCAGCACGAGCGAGUCACCCACGAGCACUUUCUGCAGCUGGUGCUGACCGAGGUGCGGUGGCCGUCGUUCCUGGCGUCGGCAACGCUGCCAUCCAGCACGAGCAGCACGAGGCGCGAGUGGAGCAAGCACACGCUGCAUGCCUUUGACUUCACCGUGCACAGCCACACACUCGAACGCCCAGAUGACCUGCCUGCUGCUCGCUUCCACUACCUGCUCUCGCCCAUGCAGGUGGUUCUCACUGAGACCAGACCUUCCCUUGCUGCCUUCCUCACCAAUCUUUGCGCCAUUAUUGGAGGAGUCUUCACGGUUGCUGGUAUUGUGGAUGGGAUGCUACAUGGUGCAGUACGUGUGGCCAAGAAGAUUCAACUUGGGAAGCAUUCAUAG